CAACAUUCUUUUACGUAUAAAGCACAAAAAGGUUACAAUGUCAACCAGACUUCUAAUAGGAGCUGCCAGUGUUGCUGGAUGUCUCCUAGGAAUACUGCCUGUGGAUUAUUUUACAAGAUGUACAGCAUGGUCUGUUUUGGGGCUCAGCUUAACAAAUGUAUCUGCCCAAGAAAACAUGACAUUGUUUGACUUUACAACAAGUAAAUCUCUGCAGGAUUGGUAUGAAGUAUCUGAUACAGUGAGAACUGUGGGAAUGUCAAAAGCUGUGCUUGCACUGCAAAAAACACAGAUAUUUCAACGUGCUGUAUUUUUUACAAUGUUGAAUCCUCAGCCUAAUGGUGCAGGAUUUGCUGGUGUACAGACGAGGACUGACAUAAAUCUGCAGGAUUAUAAUAAGCUUUUACUGCAUGUUCGGGGUCAAGGCAGUAACUCAGGCUACAAAGUAGUCCUCCAUCAUAAAGGACUUAAUUCUGAGCCACAUCCAUCAUAUGAACAGUUAUUUACAGCACCUAUGGGUUCCUUUGGCACAGUAGAACUUCCUCUCAGUGAAUUUAAACCUUAUUUUCGUGGGAGGGCUCUGAAUUCAUCAGAAGCUGGACCAUUAGACAAAAGCAGCAUAACAUCAAUUGGACUUCAAGUUUAUGGUGGUGUAUAUCUCCCAGUGAAACAGUCAGGGACAUCAUCACUUGAAAUAGACUGGAUAAAAGCUGAAAAAUGAAAUAACUAAAAUCUUGGUUACAUUUGGUUUUAGUUUUCACUUUUGACUAAUGUUUAUAUUUUGUACUCAUUUUUAUAUUUUGUAUUCAGAAUUUUGAAAAUGAAUAUAUGAUUCCAUUUUUUGUGCAUUGUGAGCUCGGUAUAUAUCUGAUUUGUUAUCUGGAGUAACUGGAAGUAAAAUUUAUUUGUUAAUGUUGUAUAAAAAACUUAUUAAAUUAAUAUAAUUGUAAACAGAACUCAAUAUAUUAGCUGGGAAAAAUAAUCUGUGAUAUUUCUAUCCUGUGAAGGGAGACUACUUUUCCUGUACAGUUUUACAUUCAACUUUGUAAGUUGUGCCUAAAUUGUAACUGACAUGCCAACCAACCACACCGAUGACUCAGCAGAAUUCUACACAUUAAACUUAUGGUAGAUUUAAAAGUGUUCCGUGCCUUUGAUGAUUCUUCAGUAUAUAAUUUCUUUACAUUUCUGUAUUAACCCAAUUCAGAAUUCACUGAAGGCAGAGAUUUUGGGAAAACAAGAGUAUCCUGCUUCCCUUUCUUCACUACAGCAGUCUCUGCACAUAACCUAGCUGGUUCCCUUCACCUUUCAAUUCUGUCUCUGACAAGGCAGAAGAAAAUGUGAACAAAUAAUUAUUUUCCAUUUAACUUGCAUUCAUCAUCACAUGUGAAUGAGUGAGUGAAUGAACAUGUCCCUUUGUCCUUUUGAUGUCUUCAUCAUUAAUUUGACUUGUUAAUUCAUGGAGUAUAAACUUAACAACAAUAAAGUUUUCUGUUAUGUUGCCUGCUUAUGUCUAUAUUCUUGUGUGACAUUACAUAACCUUGACUACUGUUUUCCCAACAUGUAUUUUCAGUCAUUUGUUUAACCUAAUUGUCGUGUAGUCAGUACUUAACUUUGAAGAAUAUCUUCAGUUAGCUUACAGUUAACAACAUUAUGCCCCACAAGCAAAGAGAGAGUCUGCUGAUUAGGGCAUCAGUUUGCAAUGUUGUGCUUCAGAGAGAAACCAAUUGAACCAAUUAUUAUACUCAAGAGAAAGGAAAACUGGAAUGCUAAGCAUUAAGAUUUUGUGGUUAGCAAUGUUAUCUGCUCAAGAAAAGGAAUAAAAGAGGAAAGUAAAGAAGCAACCUUGAGAGUACAACACUUGUAUCCCAGAGAUAUUUGUCAGUGUUUGCUGGAUGGCAAAGAAGUUUAUUGAAUCACUUGUUGUUAAAUUGAGCAGUUUUUACAUGUGGGUGUAAGAACUGGAGAUGCACUAUUUAAUUGUACAUUGCUUUGGAGCUGGUGCCACCGUAUUGGAUACCCCAAAACAUAGCACACUAUUACGAUUGCUUCUUGUUUUCAAUUUUUGUUGUGUAGCAAUUGUUCUACACAGUAAAUGUUAAAGCGGUUUUGUGAAUAACACAGUGGCAGGAAGACCCAGUAAUAGGAGACAUUUUGUCUCAUUUAUGUAACUUCGUUUUUGUUAUAAGUUAUGAAUAAAUAAAAAGAGAAAUAUGUAAUGUAGCAAGUUUGCUUUCAUAAUCUAGCAUUUUCCUUAAAUAAGGACUGAAAAAGCUGGGUUCGAUCUAUGUUCUCUUUCCAGAAAUCCUGAGAACAUGGUUUGUUAUUAGUGUUUGGUUUCCAAUCUUUCCUUCUCACAGCCAGAGAUCUUUUUGAGUUGACUGAUAGAAAAUCUAAAGCAAUAUGACAGAUAUAAAACUACUACAGAACACGUAAACUGAGCAACCAAAUUUCAAGAAUAUAAAAGAAAAUAUCACUUGAAUGAGUUCCCUUACAAAUAAAAUGUAAUUGCUUUAUACUUCAGACUAUAAUCAAAAAUAUACCUGUAAAUGAAAUUAGCUGGCAUUUUUUAUCAAAGAACUUCCAUCAGAAGCUAAUGUUUUACUCAACUAACAUGGUGGACACUGGCUUCAAGUUUGUGGCAUCAAGACCACUUUCCUUAUUAUACUGCCGUGAGUUUUUUAGUUUAACUGUAGUUUACAAAUUAACUAUUUUGCACUGAACUUUUAUUCUCAAUCAUGCAUUGUUCUAGAAACAGUUGAAUAUCAUACAUGGAGAUGCUUUUCUUAUCAGAAAGUGCUACUAGUCUUGCUCGAUACUAAAUUAAAUACAAAUACAUUUAUAACCAUAACACUUAACAUUAUUUAAUUAAGAGAGAAAGGGAAAAAAGAACCCACAUAUCACAAUAUGAAAGAUCAGUUUUAUAAUGUAUAUCUGCUACCCG